UCAAACUUCAAAACUGACACUUAAAUAAUGCCAUGAGUUAAAUUCCACGUACUCUAAAGUUAUCUGAUUUGAGAGUGAUAGUUUCUGGUUUGAAUUAACAUGAUAAAGCAGGUGCAGGAGCCGCUCCAGAUAAAAGGCAGUGUGACGGCAACCAUUUUAGAGGGUCACGAGACUGUCACGAAUCUUCAAUAUACCGAAGAAUUUGAUUUCUUAAUGGCCGGAUAUGCAGAUGGGACGAUCGGCGCCAUUAAUGAACGUCUUGAGGUGGCUUUUGUCUUGACAGAUGACCUCACCAAGGACACCUGCUCAACUGGAAUGAAACACCGCCCAGUAUCGAGAAACUACCCCAUUACGAAUACAUUUAUGUGUACCUAUUCCAACGGCCUGAUAAAAUGUUGGAAUUACAAUUUCAAGGAAUGCACAUGGACGACCGAAGAAAAACGUCUUACCGCCGGAAUCGCAUAUCAUCCUAGGAACAAUAAGUUUGUCACAUUCGGCGAUAACAGGCGGAUUAAUCUAUACGACGAAGACAGCAAACGGCAGGAGCGUGUGUUAUCAGCGUCCGAUGAUAAGAACUCAAUCAACGGACACACGCACACCGUAACGUGCGCGAGUUUCCAUCCACGCAAUACCAACGAAUUGAUUUCUGGUGGGUUGGACAACACGGUGCAGUUUUGGGACACGAGACAACCGAAUGCAAUGCGGAAUAUUUCAGGAGUCACAAUUGUCGGCCCGGGGUUAGAAUUCACACCGAAAGGAACAGAAUUUUUAACUUGCUCCCCGGACGGGCGAACAGGCGCAACACUGAAGAUCUGGGACUAUGCGACUGGCAAGGAGACAUUGAAAUUUGACGGAGACACAUUCAAGGUGGCACCGUUGUACUGCGGGACAUUCAUCAAUCGGAACCAGUUUGCUUGUGGUGGUGGGGAACCCAAUUUCGUACGCCUUCUAGACAUCAAUACAAAAAAGAAUGUUGCGCUUGUAUCCAACAUAAACAAACCAGUCAAGGGUAUCAGUGCUGGACCAGCUGAGCGCAAUGAGUUCGCAUUCUGCGCAGGGAAGCGAAUCUACAUCAUCCGCAGCAUACCAAAGUAAUUUGAGACUUGAGAGGGGAUUUAAAUUAAAUAUGCGUUCAAUUUGUUUAUCUUAUCGUCUUUUUUUCAUUUAUCUACAUUUCAUCAUCUGUAUGGACAAUAUAUGUAACACUUCUUCUCUUCA